UCCCUUCUCAUGCCUUUCGACGUAGCUUAGGAAUUUACUGCAAUUUUUCUCUUCUUUUUCCCCCCAAAUAAAUCUCCCCUGGUUGGCUGUUUUCUCUGCUACUUCGCUUGUUCGCUCCAAUCUCUCCUGUCCUCUGUCAUCCUCUCUUCUUCCUUGCAACACACAAUCAGAUGGAAAUGUCGUUGGCUGAUUGCUGGAGCUCUCCAGCUCCCUCCCCUAUUGGGUUUGAGGGCUACGAGAAGCGCCUGGAGAUCACAUUCUCUGAUGCUCCAGUCUUUGUGGACCCCUGCGGCCGUGGCCUUCGUGCCCUCUCUCGCGAGAAGAUCAACUCCUUCCUUGAUCUUGCACGGUGCACCAUCGUGUCCCAGCUCUCGAACAAGCAGUUCGACUCCUAUGUGCUGUCAGAGUCGAGCCUCUUUGUCUACUCCCACAAGGUUGUCAUCAAAACCUGUGGAACAACAAAGCUUCUGCUGUCGAUUCCUCGCAUCCUUGAGCUUGCUGAAGAGCUGUCGCUGCCUGUUUGUUCAGUGAGGUACUCUCGUGGGACGUUCAUCUUCCCUGGUGCACAGCCAGCGCCGCACCGCAGCUUCUCGGAAGAGGUAUCUGUGCUGAACGGCUUCUUUGGUGGCCUCAAGUCAGGUGGCAAUGCAUAUGUGAUGGGUGAUUCGUUCAGGCCCAAGAAGUUGUGGCAUGUCUACCAUGCCACUGAGAUGCCUGAGCAGCCCAUGGUCACACUUGAGAUGUGCAUGACUGGGCUGGACGCUAGGAAGGCUGCAGUGUUCUUCAAGAAUUCUGCUGACGGCGGCUGCUCCUCAGCAAAGGAGAUGACGAAGGUCUCGGGGAUCUCUGAUAUCAUCCCUGAGAUGGAGAUCUGCGACUUCGACUUCGACCCAUGCGGGUAUUCGAUGAACGGCAUCUGUGGCCCCGCAGCCUCCACGAUCCAUGUCACUCCAGAGGAAGGCUUCAGCUAUGCAAGCUAUGAAGCGAUGAACGUCAACCCUGGCUCCCUGGUUUACAGUGACCUGAUCAAGAGGGUCCUGUCAUGUUUCCGCCCCUCAGACUUCUCAGUGGCUGUCACCAUCUUCGGUGGGCAAGGCUUUGCCAAAUCAUGGGCCUCUGGUGCAGAGGUUGGUUCGUACAUGUGCGACGAUCUCGUCGAGCAGGAGCUUCCUGGUGGUGGCCUGCUGAUGUACCAGAGUUUCACUGCAGUUGCCCCUGGUGCCGAGUCGCCAAGGUCGACCUUGGACGGCUGGAACAGCGAUGGGAUGGAGUUUGACAAGGAGAUGUGCAUCGGCUGGGAAGUGGAGAAGAAGGCUGCCAAGAGGGGUCUCGUUGCCUGAGAGAAAUCUACCGUUCUUCACCUCGUUGCAACCUGAAGACAAGGUUUCAGAGAUGUCAUGUGUUGUUUUCCUUCUUUAGUGUUUUGCCUGCCCAAUAAGUGCUCUAGAUGGUCUGCUGCGUCUGCCAUAGUGAGCUAAAGUCAGGUAGCUAGUAUGAGUUUGUUUCUGUCGCCGAUGCUCUUGUGGGAGAAUGACAUUGUAACUCGACUAUCUUCAAAUCUUCAAUCAUAUAUCUUGAAUUUUGCA